UGAUUGGUCGGACGUCGAGAAUAGGAAGUGUCGAUCAGUAGUAGGGGCUUAACAUGCUAGCUAAGUAACGUUAGUAUGUGGUUAAUAUAAUUCAAAGGCGAGCGCGUUUGUGUGUCGCUGUUAAACUCGGACGUUUCGGAGAGCCGUGAGGUCCUGGGCCACUAUUUCUGAGGCCGAGGAGUCGCGUCUCCCGCAGAUAUUGCAUUAUUCGGUUGGUCGUUUGAGUGGCUGUGUAGCACUAGCUUGCUUGCUAGCUGACGUUAAACGUCAUUCAGCCAGUUAUUACUUCGGGCAGCGUAGCUUAGCGUUGGAGCUGUUAGCUUGUUUCACAGCUACAGCAAGUUAGCUAAAAUCUAACAAGUUGUCACUCAGAGAAGACACGGUUCAGUUUAGUUGAGCGUGUGUGUGUGAGUUCAUUCAUGCCAGCUAUCAUAGAAUGACUCUUCCGCAACUGAAUGUUUGGUGCUAGAGAUAGCAGCGGCUACAGCUAGGAGCAGAUUGUUAGCUUGUCAAUAUCAACAACAAUGGGCUCUAAAAGGUGUUUUAAAAACACAAGAACGAUUUAUCUUUUGACCGUUCUGCUGUUAGUCUUUGCCAAAGAAAUCACAGCUGAGGAAGAGCAGCAUGGGAAUGAUGGACCGGAGCUAAAGUCUUACCACGAGCCGGACUCCGAAGAGGAAGAUGUCCGCUUGUCGUCUGAAAUCGGGGCCGGGGUCUCCGUGACCCCUGGCCACGAAGUCUCUCAGCCGGAGGAGGAGAAUCAGUCGCCUGCGGAGGGACUGGAGGGAGAGGAGAAGGAGGACCUACCCGAGCAGCCUCCUCCAGUUGUGGAGAAACCUAAAGAGGUUCCUGUGGUGAAUGGAGGCACCGCCCAUGGAGAGCCCUGCAUCUUCCCCUUCCUCUUCCAAGGGACGGAGUACCUGGACUGUACCACCGAUGGACGGGGCGAUGGACGACUGUGGUGCGCCACCAUCUACGACUAUGACCACGAGAAGAAGUGGGGCUUCUGUGAGACGGAGGAGCAGGCACAGGAGAGACUGCAGGCCGAGGAGGCUGAAGAGGAGUAUCAGACUGUCCUGCGCAUGCUCAAUGCCACCACCAGGAGGACCCAGAAGAAAGAAUUAUACGAAAAACUGCUGAAAGUAGCAGAGAAAGGCCACCAGAAAGCCAUGGAGAAGGUGGCGUACGCCAUGCUGUUUGGAGACUACAUGAGCCAGAACGUGACCAAGGCCAAAGACAUGUUUGAUAAGCUCGCCAUCGAGGGCUCGCCCAAAGCUCAGACGGCUCUUGGCUUUCUGUACGCAGCAGGCCUCGGCGUUAACUCGAGUCAAGCUAAGGCCCUGGUUUACUACACCUUUGGAGCCCUGGGUGGAAACCUGGUUGCUCAUAUGGUCCUGGGAUACAGAUACUGGGGAGGUGUGGGCGUUCCCCAGAGCUGCGAGUCGGCUCUGACACACUACAGGCUCGUUGCAAAUCAAGUGGCCAACGACGUGUCGCUCACCGGGGGCUCAGCGGUGCAGAGGAUCCGGCUGCUGGAUGAGGUGGAGAACCCGGGAUCCACCAGCGGGAUGCUGGAGGAGGACUUGAUCCAGUACUACCAGUUUCUGGCUGAGAAAGGAGAUGUUCAAGCUCAGGUGGGAUUAGGCCAGCUGCAUCUGCAUGGAGGACGUGGAGUAGAACAGAAUCACCAGAGGGCGUACGACUACUUUACUCAGGCUGCGAAUGCAGGGAAUACUCACGCUAUGGCUUUCCUCGGCAAGAUGUACUCUGAAGGCAGCGAGUAUCUGCCUCAGAACAACGACACGGCCCUGCAGUACUUCAAGAAGGCCUCCGACUUGGGUAAUCCAGUAGGACAGAGUGGCCUGGGCAUGGCCUACCUAUAUGGCAGAGGUGUCCCAGUGAACUAUGAGCUCGCGCUGAAAUACUUCCAGAAGGCAGCGGAGCAGGGCUGGGUGGACGGGCAACUCCAGCUGGGCACCAUGUAUUACAAUGGCAUCGGUGUGAAGCGCGAUUACAAGCAGGCCCUCAAGUUCUUCAACCUGGCCUCCCAGGCGGGCCACAUCCUGGCCUUCUACAACUUGGCCCAGAUGCACGCUACUGGCACCGGAGUGAUGCGCUCCUGCCACACUGCGGUGGAACUUUUCAAGAACGUGUGCGAACGCGGCCGCUGGUCCGAGCGCCUCAUGGCGGCCUACGGCAGCUUUAAGGAGGGCGGGUCUGAUGCGGCGCUGGUCCAGUAUCUGCUGCUGGCUGAGCAGGGCUACGAGGUGGCCCAGAGCAACGUGGCCUUCAUCCUGGACCAGAAAGGAGCGAGGAUCAUCACUGAGAACGAGACCUACCCUCGUGCUUUGCUCCACUGGACCAGAGCUGCAGCACAAGGUUACACUGUGGCACGGAUCAAACUGGGGGACUAUCACUUCUACGGCCACGGGACCGACGUGGACUACGAGACGGCGGUCAUCCACUACAGGCUGGCAUCCGAGCAGCAGCACAGCGCCCAGGCCAUGUUUAACUUGGGUUACAUGCACGAGAAAGGCCUGGGCAUCAAACAGGACAUCCAUUUAGCCAAGCGUUUCUACGACAUGGCCGCUGAAGCCAGUCCCGAUGCCCAGGUCCCAGUGUUCCUGGCGCUGUGCAAGCUGGGCCUAGUUUACACCCUGCAGUACCUGCAGGAUCUUAAUUUAAAGGAGCUGAUUUCUCAGGUGGACAUGGACCAGCUCCUCGGCCCGGAGUGGGACCUCUACCUCAUGACCAUCAUCGCCCUGCUGCUGGGCACGGUCAUCGCCUACAGGCAGCGCCAGCACCAAAUCAUGGUUCCCCCUCGCCCGCCCGUCCCGGCCCCCGCGCCCCCACCCAGACCGCCUCAGGAACAGUCGCAGCCCCGGGCCCAGGAGGAAACGCCGGCCCAGGAGCAGGGGGAGGAGAACGAGAAUGAGGAGGAGGAGGAGGAGGAAGAGGAAGAAGAAGAGCAGCAGUGAGAGACAGCCAGACGGAGCGAGGGCAGUGAAAGACCAGACAGGAGGCUCUGCCCCCCCCCCCCCCAUCCUCCACUCUCCCUCCCCUCCCUCCAUGCAGAGCAGCUAAAUACCUGUUAGUCUGAGCAGCUCUCAUCCCUCCCUCCGUCCGCUGGAUAGAAUGCGGCUGCUGAACUGUGCAGCCUCACAACUCCCCUUCUCCAUUUAACGUGUGCUGGUCCCUCGCUGGGGGGGGGGGGGGGGGGCGUUGAUGGGCAGCGCCACAGAGCCGGCGUUUUUGAGAGGAUAACACGGACUUGGGACUUGCAAGUCUGUGACUCAGGAUACUGCCAGAAGCACCCGGGUCUUCACUAUGGGAAAUUAAAAAAAAAAAAAAAAAGGAAAUAAAA